AGCUUUCUCAGUGACGGAGCAAAUUGGCUCCGCUGGUGCUGAUGUUUAGCUUGUUGGAAUAAGUAAGCUUUGGGUUGCAUUGUUCUCCUGUUGAUCUCUAUAUAAUAUUCAUAACGAAUACGUGUUUCUACAGUGGAAGUGCCUCUGCUGAGCGACUGCACACAAAAACCAUUCUUGGACUCUUGUUGCUCUUUGAAGCCCCAUACAGUGUUUUCAUCUUAUCUUAUUUGCCUUUACGGAUUGGAAACCUAAACACCUAGCUUGAUAUUUUCCACCACUUCAAAGCCUGCAUCCCUUCGCAAUCAGCCAUGGCCUUAACCGACGAGAAGAGGGUUGAGGCAGAAAACAGGGAGACUAGAGACGGAUCACCGGUAGACCCAGAAGGCUAUCUCAAACCCGAUGCAGAAGAACCAAAUGGCACUUCCGGUGAAGGAUCUGUCUCUGGGGACUCUGCUCAAGCCGAAAAAGGAGUGACGGAGCAACCUGCUGAGGAACCUCCUCGAAAAGUGAAAGGAUGGGUUUGGUUCACAGUCGUGCUGGCAAUUCUCUCUUCCUGCUUUUUGUUCGCCUUGGACAACACCAUCGUUGCCGACGUACAGCCAAAGAUUAUUGAACGGUUUGGAAACAUUGGAAAGCUCCCUUGGCUAUCAGUCGCGUUUAUGCUUGGUGCGGUCGGCACUAAUCUUAUAUGGGGUCAAGUCUUUGGACAAUUCAACGCCAAAUGGCUCUAUAUCGGCAAUCUUACAUUGUUUGAGAUUGGCUCGGCCGUUUGCGGUGCCGCUCCGACCAUGAAUGCUCUCAUCGUUGGGCGUGCCAUUGCGGGUGUUGGCGGUGUAGGGACGUAUAUCGGCGUGAUGACCCUGCUCUCCAUCAAUACUACGGUGAAAGAGCGCCCUGCAUACAUCGGUCUCACCGGACUCACGUGGGGUGCGGGCACUGUUCUUGGUCCUGUCAUUGGAGGUGCUUUCGCAGAUAGCGGCGCGACAUGGCGCUGGGCUUUCUACAUCAACCUCUGCGUUUUCGCUCUCUUUGCACCAGUGUACUUGUUCUUCCUGCCUUCAUCCGACCCUCGACCUGGUGUUCCUUAUAAGCAGAGGCUGAUGGAACUUGACUUUGCCGGAUCAGUCCUUAUUGUCGGUGCAUUCACCUGCCUGGUCAUGGCCAUUGGAUUCGGUGGCAACCUCUACCCAUGGAACAGCGGCCGAAUUAUUGGCCUCUUUUGCGCCGCUGGUGCUUUGUUCAUCCUGUUCGCUCUUCAACAGGGAUUCUCUUUCCUGACAAAGCCGGAGAGGCGUCUCUUCCCGGUCCACUUCCUCAAGUCUCGGAGCAUGUUGAUCCUCUUCGCUCUGAUCGCGUGCGGCGCCUCGGCGGCAUUCAUCGCCAUCUAUUUCAUUCCGAUUUACUUUCAAUUUGUGCGGAAUGACAGCGCUCUCAAGGCUGGAGUCCGACUGCUCCCCUUUGUCGUGAUGCUUGUCUUCUUUUGUGUUGCCAACGGCGCCAUCAUGGGCAUGACCGGCUAUCACGUACCGUGGUAUCUUGCUGGCGGGAUCCUCGCUCUCAUUGGCUCAGCUCUCAUGUACACCGUCAAUGAGAAUUCGAGCACCAGCCGCGUCUAUGGAUACAGCGUGCUCAUCGGCAUUGGCACUGGCAUGUACAUCCAAGCCUCGUUUUCUGUCGCUCAAGCCAAAGUUCCUCCGCAGGAAGUGCCUCUUGCCAUCGGAUAUAUCAGUUGCGGACAGCUUUCUGGUGCCACAAUCACAUUGGCGAUUGCCAAUACCGUCUUCCUGAAUCUUGCUGGCAAAAAGAUACAGCAUAUCCUUCCUCACGUGCCGUAUACACAGAUUCAAGCUGCCAUUGCCGGCGCAAGCUCCACUUUCAUCAAAACGCUCCCAGAUGAGGUGCGCAAGCGAGUACUCGCGGCGAUCGUCGACUCGAUCAGUACGGUCUAUAUUCUAGCCAUUACAGCGGCGGCUCUCACAGUUGUUCUAUCUCUGGGCCUGAAAUGGGAGAGAUUGUUCCUUGGGGCUGCUGCCGGCGGAGGAUAAAUUCGUCUGGAAUCAAAACUGACACAUCUCCUUCUUCAUAGCUUUUCUACCCUUAUACCCAAACUCCACUUAUGUUCAAUUUGCCCAAUGCUUACGUUAUAAUGAUUUCCUUUUUAUUUCCUUCUAAUUGUUCAAGAAAUUGCAUAGUCAGGUCGGUCAUGUUUUGCUAGAGUUCGAUUUUUGAAGUUCUUCCUACUACUCAUAGAUGAGAUGGGAACAGUGGCUAUCAAAACAGCUGUGGAAAUAGUGAUAGCUGGAAUAUAACAAAUACAUCUAAUCCCUGC